AACAGUCGCGCAGUUCGGAAAAGAAGGGAAUAAUGAUGUAGCGAAAAGUGCAGUAUAGUGUGUUGUUAGCAUUUAGUGCUGUAGCCAAACCAUCUGGUCGAUACAUGUGCGUUUAAGCAUAGGUCGUUCCCAAGCACGAGGUCGUACGCGUAUCAUUCGCUGUGCGAUUAUCGCUAUUAUAUAAUUGGACCUCCUCUCUGAGGCGACACUUGCAGAAUAGCGUCGGCGACGUUGAUCUCGCACAAGCCUCCGAGAGAAAAAUCUGCCAGGCGCGUAUGUGUUUCUGUAAUUCCAUACCUAUCAUAUGGAUAUUUCUCGUGAAUCAAAUAACAUCGAUUGUAAUCAAGUUCUAAGAAUUGUGCUUGUUUUUAUCGUUUUCUUUUCGGAUAUCAAACAGACAAACGCAUCAGUGUGUAUUAUAGAAAGUGUGACGAAACCAGAACAUAACUAAUCUGUCAAAACGGAGCCAGACAGCAGAAACGGCGACAGUAAUAUCUGCAGCCCCAGCAAUAGUGGUGAAGGUGGCGGAAGUCGUAAACGAAAGUUAGCCAUGUACAAGAUGCCCGAGAUCAAACCAAUUCCGAUGCAGACACAGCAACAUCUGCCCCAGGGUGGUGGAGGCCCAAACGGGCGCCAGCCCAAGGCGACACCCAUCACCGAUGAUUAUGAAAUAUCAAACACCGUUCUCGGGCUCGGUAUCAAUGGAAAGGUGGUUCAGUGCACCAACAAAAAAACGGGCAACAAAUAUGCGCUUAAGGUGCUGCACGAUAAUGCUAAGGCCCGACGGGAGGUGGAGUUGCACUGGCGCGCUAGCGGUUGCCGGAACAUUGUAAACAUCAUCGACGUGUACGAGAAUAGCUACAGUGGCAACCGAUGUCUGCUGGUCGUUAUGGAAUGCAUGCUCGGAGGAGAGCUUUUUCAACGCAUUCAGGAACGUCAGGAUGGUCCCUUCACGGAAAGAGAAGCUGCCCAGAUAAUGCAUGAAAUCUGUGUCGCUGUUAAAUAUUUGCACGAUUCCAAUAUCGCACACCGGGACCUCAAGCCGGAGAAUCUACUGUACACCUCGCCCCACCCGAACGCGAUACUGAAACUGACCGAUUUUGGCUUCUCGAAGGAAACGUUCGUCAAGGACACACUGCAGACACCCUGCUACACGCCGUACUAUGUCGCACCGGAAGUGCUCGGUCCGGAAAAAUACGAUAAGAGCUGUGAUAUUUGGUCAUUGGGAGUAAUCAUGUACAUUCUAUUGUGCGGUUUUCCCCCGUUCUAUAGUAACCAUGGGUUGGCAAUCUCGCCCGGAAUGAAAACCCGCAUCCGGACCGGUCAGUAUGACUUCCCCAACCCAGAGUGGCAAAACGUGAGCCAAGCGGCUAAAGAUCUCAUCAAGGGUAUGCUCAGUGUUGAACCAGAGAAACGUCUCACAAUCGACCAGGUCAUGAGGAAUCCGUGGGUUCGGCUCUACACGGAGGUACCACAAACGCCACUGCAUACGGGACGUGUGUUAAAAGAAGGCGAGGAAACCUGGCCGGAAGUACAGGAGGAAAUGACACGGUCGCUGGCCAAUAUGCGUGUGGAUUACGAUCAGAUGCAUAUUAAGAACUUGGACAGUUCGAACAACGCUCUGCUCAACAAGCGAAGAAAACGGGGCGAAGAUAAGAUGAAAGACUAGACAAUUUUUCCUAUCUGCCGGGUUCCGAGCUGAAGAAAGCCAUACAACAAAUACCGUUACACUUGUUCAACAUUUCCAUCGAAAUUUAACCAUAAUAGCUGGCGCGCAAAUAGUGUCCUCGCGGUGACACUUUGUUAUGCCCCUUUGCACUUAGGCACUACCCCAAAUAGAAGUAUGGUUAGUCCUUUGGGCGUAUUUUUGCUCCAUACAAUACUUCUUCGAUUGAGCAAUCGAAGAACCAAACAGACGAUCCGCGAACCUUAUUUGAAACUGCGGAGAUAGAUGUUGUAUAGAUAUAGCCAUUAUAUUUAGACGUAGCAGACAAACCUAUCCUAGAACAAGGUGUGUAAAGCGUUUGAAGUAGUUUCGAACAAAACCCAGGGAGAGUUCAGAAGUUUUUAACAACUGUAAAGUGAAUUUAGGUAAAGUGACGAUAGUAGAACCGGUAGAACCAGAUAUGGCCAAAAAUUUAAGCAACAUAAAAAGCAGGAUCCGUUCCUGUAUGUAUGAGGGCUGUUAAUUCAUCAUUUUAAAUUAUCAGAUCAGUAAGAUUCUGUCUGAAUAUGUUUUCCCUUUACGUAUUUUAUGAUUUAUCAGUUUCACUAUUUUACAACAACUUUUUAGUUGGCUUAACUAAGUUUUAAAUAAUUGAUAAGUAACAAAAUCACAAUACGUAGACCGGAUUUAUGUUCAGUUAAGGAAGAAAAUAGCAUCACUGUAAUAUUUAUAGUAGCUUGAGUUUUAACCCAGAGGCAAUCAAAAUAACAUUCUUCCUUUCUUUUGCGUUUUAAGACGAAAGAAUCCAGAGUAGUUUUAUGAAGCUAUCAUCGACUCUUGAAGCGAUCGUUAACAUAACUCGAACAGUAUAGCGUCCCAAGCCAAACUACUAGUAGAAAAUCUCCCCCUACUCCAACACAUGUCAAUAAACAAUUAUAUAGCAUCAAAACAAAGAACAACACUCGGUUGUACACAAUUAAUGUGACAUUCAAUAUAAGACAAAUAGAAUAGCUGUUAAAAAUCGCGAUUGCAACGAAACUUUCCGUUCCGAAAAUGAAACAGUUGUGUGAAACAAGCCUUUCAACGCUCGCCGCGAGCUAAACUACAGUUAUUGAACUUAUGUAUAAAACAUUAGUCCAUCCAGUUCCGACACAUAAAAAUCCACAUACACACAUAUUCAGAGUUUUAUUGGAUGGUUGAAAGAAUUGUAUUUGGCUGGGAGGUACGAGCUUAGUUUUAGGGUGUUAUUUUUAAAAUUAUAUUAUGAAACUACCAGUAAUAGCAGUUACAAGCAUUAGUUGUAUAUAAUCGGAAAUGGUUGGAGUUGGACCUAGUUUGUAUGGGAAUGGUAAAAGAUGUAUCUAUUUGACUUGCGUUUCCUGUCCACCCAAGCAAACGGUAAAACGAUAUCCACUUUCGGCCAAAGUGUCAUUGGAAUGUUUAGCGCCGUACUAUUAAUUACUUAAAUAUGCGUUUGAGAACAAUACGACACAACUAUUACAUUCACUCUAGUUGCAUAAACUAAUUCGAAAAACAACAAUCAACACAACAUUAUUUAUCGGAUAAGCUAAUGAAAUAGAAACAUCACGUUAACUGACUGGUUGAAAAAGUGCUAUAUCCUGGUCGUUUAUUUUUUCCUUCAAAGGGUUACGGAAAUAAAUUGUUAAAUCUGUAGACACUA